CGCGCCACAGACGCGGCCACCGACUUGCGUUUCCUCUUCCCCUCGUCCCGCGCCACCCGUGUUACCACCUCCAUACCCACUCCGAAAUAUAAUACAUCUUACCCUCCCUCACGCGUCUCCCAAUAAUCACCAUGCCCCGUGCUCCCCGCAUGAAGUGUGCGUUCGCGGAGCCCGAUGUGCCCAAGAUCAAAAAGGCGCGAGCGGCACCGGUCAAGUUGACACCUGAGGAGAAGGAGGAGAAGAAAGCACUCGCAAAGGCGCGUGCCGCGGUUAGAGAGAAGAAGAAGCAGUGGGAGGCGACGCUCAAGCCAUGGGUGUCGCGCGAGAGUCGCGGUGUCCAGUUCGCGCUUGGUACCAAGGCGCAGUUCAGAAGCGACGCGAAGAAAGCUUUCAGGGUAACCGAUGCCGAGCUGGAGACGAUCCCGUUCAUGGGCUUCGCCUCUUCCAAGAUCAUCUACCGCCUCACCGAUUGCAAGCAGCUCGCAGACCGCAAGCGAGCGGCUCUCGGGAGCGACGCGUUUGACUAUCCCGCUCGUGCUAUAAUGGAGUGCACAGACCCGAAGGAAAGAACCCUCUUGUACGCGUCUGGUUACGGGACCAUCAUGGGCGACCCGGACCACACCGUGACAGUUGAGGGGACCUCCCUUAGAUCGCUUUCGGGUCGCCGCGCGGUGCAACGCCCCUAUUGAACGUCGCGUUCCUAUUUUUUCUUGUCUGCUCGCUGCUGUCGUGGCCUGACAUUGUUUUUUACUCUACUCUGCUUAGACUGUUUCUCCUACGUCUGUCUUGAUGGUCCACCGUCUAUAGCUAUGUUCUAUGUUCCCUCCGUGCUUGCUGCGCUUAGUCUACGCCGUCUGUACUCCCGUAUCUUGCGACACCUUCUUGCCAUCUUCCUAGUAUGUUUGUCAGUCAGUUGCAUAGACAUCAGCCCCAUUCAUAUGUGCCUACCGAGUAGGUCGUCCGAAUGCAACGUGACUCAUUGCUCCUGAA